AAAACAAAAAAUCAAUAAAACAUGGCGAAGUGAAAAGUUGUUAAAAAAAUUUUGCUUUUUAUUUGUGAUUAAUUUAAUGGUGUUUAGUGAUAACGUAUACACAUUUUGAAGACAUUGAGUCAAUAAGUGAUGGAAGAUUCAGGUUUUGAUAGUGGAGAUCGAGUUGCAAAUUUUAUGCAAAACUACAACACUCAUGUUAAUAACAACAGUAAUUUAGAAUGCGAAAGCUCAUCUUCAAAUGAGGAUAUAUUAAAUAUUAAUCGUAUGCCAAAAGAUAAUAUUGAUGAUGUGGCAUUCAAGAAUCCAUCAUUAAUUAACAGCAACACCAAUGUCAUAACAACAUCAUCUUCACAAGUGCUAAUCGAUCAUCAGAAAACUCAUCAUCACCUAAAUGAGCACAACAAGAAGCUGUCAAAUAUUAAUACAUGUAAAAGCCUCCAUAGAAAAUUAGAAGAAAAAGUGAAUCGAGCUAAGAAAAAUUUCCUGCAUAAUGAGAAAUUCAAUCAAUUGGAAAAUGAUAUUGAAGUGAAAAAAUCGUUACCAAAUUUGAUUUCGAUUGAAAGACUGCCAUUUCCACGUAAUAACAGUGAAAGUCAAAAACCUCUUGUUGAGUAUAAAAGUGAUAAUAGUGAUGACGAUGAAAUUACAACCUUCUUCCCAAUACAUAAAAAGCCUAAAAAGUCACGUUCACGUAAGCAACAAAAGAACAAAGAUGUUGACACAUUUAGCAUACAGGAAAUGACCAUUAUUGAAUCAGAUUCGGAUGGAAACUAUGGCGAUAAAUCGUCUGACGAUGACGAUUGUGAUUCUCAAUUGAAUUUAGAACUUCCAUCAAGAACCAAUGAAAGUAUUUUAUUAAAGCUUCGUCAAAUGUUUUGUUGUACACAAUCAGCACAAAACUUGUUUUAGAAAAAAAGAUUGAAUGAGUUUUACUGAAUUUUAGAUUAAAUAUUGUGAGAGUUGUAUGUUUAUAGAUGACUAUGUGCUACCCAAAGCAAAUUAAAGUGAAUAAACUUUUGAAAAUAAGUGAUAAAUUUAAAGAAAAAAUUAUUCCAG